AUGUGGAACGUAGUAGAUACUGCGCCACAUCAGUCGACAAUUUCUCGUUGGUAUGGAGAAUUCAAACGUGGACGGGUGAGUCUUAACGACGAUCCCAGGUCAUCCAGGAAAACGUCGAUGCUGUAUGCAAAACUCAUCAUUGAAGAUAGACAUGUGACAUAUCGCGAGAUUGAGGCGUCAUUGAAGAUCUCCGAGACCUCAAUUCAAAAAAUUUUACACGAUGAAUUAGGAGUAAGAAAAUUAGUUUCUCAAAAUGUGUACAGCAUUGUUAGUGGUGAUGAAUCGUGGAUUUACUGUUAUGGAUCAGAAAAUAAACAACAGUCGGCUGUCUGGGUGUUCCAAGGUGAAGAAAAGCCAACAAAAAUGGUCGCGACAUUUGCGUCAAAAGCGCGUCAUAUUGCAACAAUUCCUCUUAAUGAGCAUAGAACCAUCCUCUACCAAAACAAUGCAAGCUCACACACAGCCCAAAAAACAAGGCAGUAUUUAACGGAAGAAAACGUGGAAUUAUUGGACCAUCCUCCAUAUAGUCCCGAUCUAAGUCCUAACGAUUUCUUUACUUUUUCGAAAGUUAAAAACGGACUGCGUGGUCAAAGGUUCCAGUCACCAGAAGAACCAGUUGAUGCAUUCAAAAAUGCCGUUUUGGGUCUGCCAGCAAACGAGUGGAAUAAGUGCUUCGAAAAUUGGUUCGAGCACAUGCAGAUAUGGGCUAAAGAACAUAGACAAUGGACACCUCAACAACGAUGUGCAAUAGAAUGGAGUGAUGAGGCCCGAUUCGAAGUUUCUGUUGGCAGUAUGUCAUCAAAAGGAAUAGGAAAACUUCAUUUUAUUGAUGGAAAUGUGGAUACAAACAAAUAUUUGGCAAUUUUAGAAGAAUCGCUUUUACCAGUGAUGGAAGAAUGUUUGACAUCCGGCCAAGAUUUUGUAUUUCAGCAAGAUGGUGCAGCGUACCAUACCUCAAAAAAGGCCAUAAAAUGCAUGGAAGAAAAUAAUGUACCACUUUUGAAAUGGAUUUCUAGCAGUCCAGAUCUGUCACCUAUUGAAACUUUGUGGCACGGGAUGAAAAAGAAUUUCAGUCGUAAUGAAAAAUAA